GUCGACAGAGCAUGGGGGAAGCGUCUCGCUUCCGGAGGACAUUGGAAAAAUGCCGGGAAAGUCGCCGGCUGGUCCUCGUCGUCGUCGCCGUCGCCCUCCUCGUCGACAGGAUGCUUCUCACCGCAGUCGUGCCGGUGAUCCCCGCCCUUCUAGCCUCCUUCCGGGAGCAGCCCAACGGGACGACCCAGCUGCAGAAGAACGCCACCCUGGAGGACGACGUCACCCAACCGAUGAACCUUACCCUGGAGGACGCGAAGGGAGGAGAGACGGACGGCAUCCACGGCUCUAACUCCUCCCUGACGGAAGACGUGCCCCGCUGCCACUGGAAUCAAUCGGAGAGCGGCGAAGGGAGGGAGAACAUGGAAGUGGGAUUCCUCUUCUCGUCCAAGGCGAUCGUGCAGCUCAUCAUGAACCCGUUCGUGGGACCCCUCACCCACAAGAACAUUCUGUCUAACCAGAAGGAAAAUUCCAACGGGAUCCAAGAGGAAAUGCUAGUUGGAGAGCAUGCUGUAAAGCGUCUUAUCUUGCUGGAGUUUCUCAUCCUGCAUCAUUAUGCCACGAUCGGGUACAGCUUGCCCAUGUUCGCCGGAUUCACCAUCAUCUUCUUCUCCACCAUCGCGUUCGCGUUUGGGAGGUCUUACUGGAUGCUUCUCCUCGCUCGGAUUCUGCAGGGCGUCGGGUCCUCCUGCUCCACCGUCUCUGGAAUGGGAAUGCUGGCCGAGCGAUACCCUGACGAACGAGAGCGAGGAAUCGCGAUGGGGAUAGCCCUGGGAGGAUUGGCUUUCGGGUGCGUCGUUGGACCCACGUUCGGGGGAGUCAUGUAUGAGUUCGUGGGGAAGUCUUCGCCGUUCAUCGUCCUUGCUGGAUUGGCUCUCGCCGAUGCGAGUCGGUCCGGCUCUUUCCUCUCGGCAUGGGGAAAUCGAUGGGGAAUCUCGAAAUCUCUUUUUCUGUUUGUCGUUGCAGUGUUGCAGCUGGUGGCAUUACAGCCGAAGGUGAAGGAGAAGAUGGCAGGACCGUCCCUCGUUCGGCUUCUCAUGGACCCUUACAUCUGCAUCGCUGCAGGAGUGCUGCUCUUCGCCAACAUGUCGAUCGCCAUCCUCGAGCCAUCGUAUCCCCUAUGGAUGGAGCGAACCAUGUGCGCCUCGGUCUGGCAACAGGGCGUCGUCUGGCUCUCGCCUUCCAUCUCGUACCUGCUCGGCACCUGCAUAUCUCCCACUCUUGCGCAUAAAAUUGGAAGGUGGGUCGUUACCUUGGUCGGUCUCAUCCUUUUGGGAACCAGUCUGGCCCUCGUGCCUCAAUCGACACGAGCCGUGCACCUGAUCGCCCCGCUGAGCGGGCUGGGCUUCUCCGUGGGGAUGGUGGACACCUGCAUGAUGCCCGAGCUGGCUCGGCUAGUCGACAUUAGGCACUUUGCCGUCUACGGGACGGUCUAUGCCAUCGCGGACGUCGCCUUCUGUCUCGGAUUCGCCGUCGGUCCUGCUCUGGCAAUGGAACUCGUGACGCACGUCGGCUUUGACUGGAUGCUAUAUAUCAUGGCCACAAUCUGCUUCGCCUAUUCUCCGCUUCUCUGCUUACUUCGGAAUCCUCCUGCUCGCGAGGGGGCGAAGGUGGGAUUCCAGUUGUUG